AUGCCUCUCCCUCCUGUCCUUGACAUGCCUCUCCCUCCUGUCCUUGACAUGCCUCUCCCUCCUGUCCUUGACAUGCCUCUCCCUCCUGUCCUUGACAUGCCUCUCCCUCCUGUCCUUGACAUGCCUCUCCCUCCUGUCCUUGACAUGCCUCUCCCUCCUGUCCUUGACAUGCCUCUCCCUCCUGUCCUUGACAUGCCUCUCCCUCCUGUCCUUGACAUGCCUCUCCCUCCUGUCCUUGACAUGCCUCUCCCUCCUGUCCUUGACAUGCCUCUCCCUCCUGUCCUUGACAUGCCUCUCCCUCCUGUCCUUGACAUGCCUCUCCCUCCUGUCCUUGACAUGCCUCUCCCUCCUGUCCUUGACAUGCCUCUCCCUCCUGUCCUUGACAUGCCUCUCCCUCCUGUCCUUGACAUGCCUCUCCCUCCUGUCCUUGACAUGCCUCUCCCUCCUGUCCUUGACAUGCCUCUCCCUCCUGUCCUUGACAUGCCUCUCCCUCCUGUCCUUGACAUGCCUCUCCCUCCUGUCCUUGACAUGCCUCUCCCUCCUGUCCUUGACAUGCCUCUCCCUCCUGUCCUUGACAUGCCUCUCCCUCCUGUCCUUGACAUGCCUCUCCCUCCUGUCCUUGACAUGCCUCUCCCUCCUGUCCUUGACAUGCCUCUCCCUCCUGUCCUUGACAUGCCUCUCCCUCCUGUCCUUGACAUGCCUCUCCCUCCUGUCCUUGACAUGCCUCUCCCUCCUGUCCUUGACAUGCCUCUCCCUCCUGUCCUUGACAUGCCUCUUCCUCCUGCCCUUGACAUGCCUCUUCCUCCUGCCCUUGACAUGCCUCUUCCUCCUGCCCUUGACAUGCCUCUUCCUCCUGUCCUUGACAUGCCUCUCUCCUCUACCCUUCAGUGA